AGUACCUUUAGGCAGAUUCACGUGCUGGGUUUCAAUUGUUUACCGUAUAGGAAAAUAAAACGAAAUUUAUAUACUUUUGUAUUAAUCAGUAUAAAUUAUAAAUUAUAAAUUAAUAGUUUUCGAUCUUCAUUAAUUAUUAAGUUAAUAAUUAGAAUGGUAUUAAGCGUAUUGAGUAAAUUAUUGAUAAAAAAUAUCUUUUAAUAUACAUAAUAUCAAUUUUUAUUUUGCAAACAAACGUGUUGCUUUGAUUUAAGUACUUAUAUAGGUAAUAUUAGGAAAGUGUAGGAAUUAUUAAAACUCAUGAUAUAAUUAAUAAUAAGUUCAUUAAUUGUUAAAUGCAAAUAUCUUAAAUAGUUGACAGAACAAAACAAGUGAAAAAAUUUAUUUGUUAUUUCCAAAUGAAGCAUGUGAGUAAUUUGAUAUUUUCAAAUGUUAUCAAAUGGACCAGAUAAAAAAAAAGUGUAAAAAUGUGUGAGCAGUACUAAAAUGUCGGGUUUUCGUGUAUCAACAAUCGCAGUUAGUCUUCUUUUCUCUUAACUUUAAUCCAGUCACUAUGUCAGAUACUUCUAUUCCGAAGCCAUCAACUAAUUUUCAUGGUUUUAAAAAUGAAUCUGUCAAUUACUUAUGUGAAAUCCAACAAAUGAUGCAUGGUUUUGGCGACUGUUCUGAACCUCUAAUAGAGUCAGCAAGGUUGAUAGAAGAUAUUGUGUUACGCCAAAUGAGAUCAAUUGUCAAAGAUGCCUGUGAAGUUGCUAAACGAAGAGGGAGCAAUACCGUAAACGCAGAAGAUUUCAUAUUUCUUCUUAGAAAGGAUGCUACUAAAUUAAAGCGUCUGAUAAAGUAUCUUGAUUUGAAAGAAUUUAAGUCAUCUAUUUAUAAGGUUACAAAUUUGGAAACGACAGACAAAUUACCUGACAUCAAACAAAUCGAAGAAGUUAAAAAGAGUAAGAAACUUUGGGAGACUUUUUUGGAAACGUUAGACACCACAGGAGAGUUAUGCAAUAAGUCUUCAGUUGAUCAAGUCAAGUAUAAUAGAUGCGUCCGUGCAGAAAUCAUGUCAAAAAAUCUUGAUGAAGCACGCUACAUUGAUUAUUCUAAAGCAAGAAAUGUUUCUUUCGUCAACAGACAUCGUCACAAAUUUAGUGAUUGGAUAAUUCCCAAUGGUGACGUAAGUAUUUCAAAACAGGGACUCGUAAUUUUGAGCUAUUUUGCUUAUGAAACUGUUGCUCAGAUCGUUGACUUAGCUUUUUUGGUGCGUCAAGAUCAAAAUAAAAUCUAUGGAGAUGCAUUGGAUAGAUUAAAGAUUAGUUAUUGUAAUCCUCAAACAUUAAGGACUAAUGCGCAAAGCAAGAGUUCCAUUAUGAGGCCAAUUUCUCCUUCAGAAAUUAAUGAGGCUGUAAGACGCUUUUGGUCAUCUCAAUUAGAUGUAACAGGACCAUUUCAUCGUUGGUGUUUCGGAAAACGUCAUUUGAAAUUUCUUGCUUGUUAAGGUUCCCCUCCCCGCAUUUUAUUAAAAGCCAAAUAAAAAUUAUUUUCUAAGUUCACGCGAAUUAAUUUAUAAAUUAUUAAAUCGAGAAUCGUACUGAACGUCUUAUUUCUAUACAUUUUUAAUAACAGUAUGAUGUAUAUUAUUUGUCGAAAUAAAGUUCUCUAUACUUA